AUGGCCCCCAACCUCCCCCCCAAGCGCAAGCCCGACGCGCCGGGAAAGUCCUACGCCAACGAUGGCUCCGCGGCCGCCCGCAAACGCGCCAAAACCUAUGACGCCCGCUCGCUGGCGGUGCAGUCGGCCGACGCGGCGCUGUCCGCCUCCGGGGAGCUGGACGUCGCUGCUUAUCUGGAGGCGCGGGAGUUCGAGAUCCGGUCGCUGGAGUCGGGCAUGCAGCGGUCGAAGGCCGCGUUGACGACGAGGGCGUUUCAGCAGGUGCCGCGGUCGUUGCGGAGGAGGACGGCUAGUCAUAAUGUGAAGAGGGUGCCGAGUCGGCUGAGGGCGAGGGCGAAGAAGGAGAUGGCCGAAGACAACACCCCAACAGUAUCAUUCCGCCGCCGCAAACCCACCGAACUCAUGCGCAUCCGCCUCGAAACCGCCCGCCGGCUCCAAAACCUAAACUCCAAAACGAAAGCCAAGCGCGCCGCGGCGAAAGCCCAGCGUGACAGCGAGACGCGCAAAGAACUCGCCUCAACCGGCAGCCACGCAUUCGACAUCGCGCCGCGCGUUCCCAAGAUCAAGAAAAACAAGCUCUCGCGACCGCCGGCGCCGGAGUCCAAGUACAAGAAGCGCCAGCGGUGCAAGACGUGGCUGCCGACGCACAUGUUCCACGCGAAAAGGGCGCAUAUGGCGACGUCGAAGGAUCCGCUUUGGAGGUUUGCGCUGCCUUUGUCGCCGACGGAGAAGAGUUAUAGGCCUUCUCAUCGGGCGAGGGGCGCGAGGGGCGCUGUUGCGUGGGACAUGAGUUAUGUGGCUACGAUUCAGAUGGAGGGUGUUGAGGAGGGUUUGGAGCGUGCGUUGCGUGCUGUGGGGGUUGAUGGGGAUGAUGCGUGGGGGGUGAAGGGGAGGAAGUGGAGGGCGGGUACGAGGAGCUUGAGGGCUUGGGUGUUUGAGAGUGGGGGGAUGCAGAGACCGAUUGCGCCGGUUACGCUGGUGCGGUGUGCGGAGGUCAAGUCUGAGGAUGUGGAGAUGGCUGAUGCUGGUGCUGAGAAAGAUGCGAAAGCCAAGGCCAAGAAGAAGGUCUUUCUCAGGGUCCAUCCGUCUGCGUUCUUGCAGCUGUGGAACGAACUGCUGGAGGUUUCAAAGAAGCAGAACCCUCCUGUCAUGGUGGAAGACCUGCGUUUCGAGAUCGGCAGUAUCGACAUUACGGGCCCUGGGUCGACAGAGGCUUUGAUCUCGGCUUUGAGACCGCUGGGAAUGGACGGGAAGCAGGUCUCGACGGACAGCGUGGAAGCUACCUGGAGCUCUUUGCUAGGGGUGUCCAACCCUUCAUCUCUCCCGCUCAACGCCCUGCUCGGUUUCUCUAUAUCUGAUCCCCGCCUGCACUUCCCGCCCCAGAGCCUGAAACCACCGUCCGCCGACUCCGACAUGCAGAACCUAGCCAUCUUGCUAUCCUCCUGGACACCCGAUUGUACACAACAAACCCCCGCACUAUUCGACCGUCGCACACGCCUAGCCGCAGCCCGCCAGCUUCCCAGCCAAAAAGCCAUAAACCGGCGCCGCACCGAAGCAGGACCAGGCGAGCUUCCUACCCCCGUCGAAUCCGACCCACGCAUCCCAGUCAUAGUUCUCGCCUCUCGGUCCACCGCCCAGUCUAAGAACAGCAACGCCCCAGGUUACUGGACCAUCCUCCUCCCAUGGAAGUGCGUCACUCCCGUAUGGUACUCGCUCAUGUACCACCCGCUCUCCAGCGGCGGCAAUCCCCGGUUCGGCGGAUUGAAGGAACAACAGCAGCUCGCAUUCGAGGGCGGAGAACCUUGGUUCCCAGGCGACUUUCCCGGCACGCAAGCAGGCUGGGAAUGGGGCCUCCGCCAGCGCGAAGAAGCUAAACAGGAGUGGGAGCGCCGGCCUAAAGGUCGACGGGUUGAGUUCGCGAGUCUGGAUCUGGGGAAUGGACAGAAGGGGGAAAUCGGCCGUGGCUGGGCGUGUGAUUGGGAAAAGCUCCUGCAAAUCGCGUCGGGCUCUACCCCCGACGAGCAGAAGAACGAUCAGAAGGCAGAAGCAGAGGCAGAGGCAGAGACCAACAUCGAAAAAGACCUCCCAAGCACUGCCAUCCCCCCACUGAACAUCACCCAACUCCCCCCCACCAAAGCCACCCGCGCAAUCCACGAUCCAUCCUCCACCCCCAUCGACUCCUCCUCCCUCGCAACAGUGCGAGUAUCCCUCCUCAACCGCGGCACCCCUACACCCCGAGCCCGCAUCUACCGCCUGCCCACCACCAACACUGAGCUGCGCCAGCAGUGGCUCCAACUCGCCUCCAACCCCCCAAGAACCAGCCCCUCGCAUCCGAUGCCCAACAACGAAAACCAAGAAAACGAACGCUCGCGCCUUGCCGCAUCCCUAAUCACCCCUCUCCACCCUGAAGACACGCAGCAAACGCACCUGCCGCUCCCCACGGAAGAAGACCUGAUUGGGUUCGUCACGACAGGUAACUAUAACCUGUCUGAGGGUAAGGGGACGGGGAUUGGCUCGAUAUUGGUGUCGAGGGUUGUGAGGGGGUCGGAGAAUUUUCCGGCGAAGGCGAAGAAGAGUAGGGCGCGGGAGGUGAAUAUGUGUAUUGUGAGGGCGGCGGGGGAGAGGGUUGGGAGGGUUGGGAGGUGGGAGGUUGUUUGA